AUGGAUUCAAACGAAAAGGAGGAACUUGAUUCUCCCUCUGUGUCUUAUUCCUCAACCUAUGAAGAUGUAGUCAAGGAGAGACACUACACACGUUUCAUCAGCACCAGGACGAGGACCAAAACCCCUGAUAGGAAUCAAGUUUCGGACUUCGACCACAGGACGACCACCACUUCUAUCACCAAUGUUUAUGAUGAGCUGGUGGCCUACGACAGACAAGAAGACAAUCCCUAUUGGGGCUACGUAGAACGAGUGGAGCGGUACGUCGCUCGGACAUCGCUGACCAACUCGUCUGAUCCCUCAUCAGACCCUCACAGGGAGAGAUACGAUGAGUCUCAGGGAGAGAUCGGAAAUUCUAUGGAGUCCUCCACCAUGGACAACGAGUGGGACCACAGGGAUGAGUACAAAGAGAAGGCACCCUAUCGGCGCCGCCCCCCAUCCCUAACGCAUACAGACUCCUCAUCCAGCACUUGGGAAUCUACCAAGCGGACGAUGAACACUGGGGGCGAGGUCGAUAUCAGGGGGGAUGAUCACCACACCGGCAGCGUCGCUACGCACCACCACAUUUCAGUUUCGGAAAAUCUUCCUCACUCAAAGGAGGGAAACCACCACGAUAGAACCGUUGGCGCGGCCUCACCAGAGGACGUUGAGUUCCAAACAGAAGCGGCCCACGCCGUGACCGAACGGAUUGGAAAGGGCUCCCCCAUCAAUGACUUCGAUGAAGAGCUUUUGGAAAUAGUCAAGGCGUAUUACGAGUGCAGGCAAAUAAACUUCCCAGCAGCUGCCCAAGUUGGUUAUCGACGCCGGGGGGCAGACUUUAAUAAUAGGUAUUCGCCAACCGACGUGCCACUGAGGGGAGUCCUACAAGGCGGUGCGAUCCCAUUGAGCACGCCAGCUCCCAUAGAAGAGAUCAAUCCCAUGUUUCUAGACCUGUCAUCGUCCACGCGGUCGACAUCAUUGUACCCCACUACCCAAUUCCUUCAAACCCAACCAUUGGAUACAACUUUAUUGAGUGCACGUUCUGAACUAUUUGCGAAUAACGGUCCCAAAGCCGCGUCUAUGGGCAACGGCACGAAUCUUUUUCACCGUUCGCUCGCGGUUUCGAAGAAACAGUCUAAGCCUUUUAUUGCAACCCCAGCGAGCCCCACUGGGGGUGUCCUGCGAUACCGCCGAGGUCCCGGGCGUGUUUCCAAGGAUGGCUCCACGGAGAGGGCCUUUUUAACAAGCUUUCCAUCCAGCAGUCCCACUUCAUUUGUACGUGCAUAUGUGUUGGACAUGAAUAUAAAUCUCGAGCCCGCCAUUGCGGUCACAGGACUAGCUGCUUUGUUAAACAUUAUCGUGGUUUAUUUUCUCCAAAACCAUGUUCUAGACACACGGGACCACCUUGGCCUAUUUCUUGUCGGCAGCUACCUGACUUUCUCCUCAUAUUACAUGGCUUACUACUUUCUCGAGAACUACUCGAGUUCCUUUCGUCGUAUCUCCUCAACGAAAAAGAAGUUCUACAUCAUCGGCAAUCUUAUUAAGGCUGGCAUUUUGAUCAGCAUCACCCCAUUCGCGGUGUAUCAGCUCAGCCGUAUUGUGCUCUAUGAUGAGUGGGAAAGCAAUAUUUUACGCAAUUUAGGUUGCAUCUUUGCCCUUCCUGAUUUUAUCUCCAUGAUCAUCGUCGAGCGGAUGAGGUGGUCAACGUGGAUACACCACCUGUGCGUUGUGUUAUUUAACUAUUUCAGCAUUAUGAAUGACUAUAAAAAGGAGAACAUCUUCCGUUGUAUUGUCGUGUACGCGGGGUUUUCGUCAUUCGGAUACUGUGUGAAUGUAUUGUUGGCUUCCCGAUUUCUUGGGCUGACCCCGUCGGUUGCUCGUAUUCUUUCUUUUAUGGCUCUAGUGGUUUACGGCCUGUGUUGUAGUAUCAACUGGAGUUGGCAAGUAUACUAUCUUCUCCGGCUCAUAAGAAAGGGAAAUGAUCUUUGGAGUGUUUAUUUGUAUCUGGUGCUUAUCUGCUUCGUCGUAUGGGAUGAUAUCAUCUUAAAUAUAUGGCUAUUGAAUCACGCGAAGAAUAUGGCGUACGCCGCGUCAAAGCGGUAA